AUGCCAAAGCCUUUGACUGUGUGGAUCACAACAAACUAUGGAAAAUUCUUUAAGAGAUGGGAAUACCAGACUGCCUUACCUGCCUCAUGGGAAAUCUGUAUGCAGGUCAAGAAGCAACAGUUAGAACUGGGCAUGGGACAACAGACUGGUUCCAAAUCAGGAAAGGAAUAUGAUAAGGCUGUAUAUUGUCACCCUGCUUAUUUAACUUAUAUGCAGAAUACAUCAUGUGAAAGGCUGGGCUGGAUGAAGCACAAGCUGGAAUCAAGAUUGCCAGGAGAAAUAUCAAUAACCUCAGGUAUGCAAGAUGGAUGGGUCAUGGUGGAGAGUUCUGACAAAAGCCUGCAGUCCAUGGGGUCACAAAGAGUCAGAGUUGCUUUCAUUUCAUUCUUCCCAGAGUUCAAAGAUUACAUAAAACUACUGCAACAGCAUUUCUAA